AUGAGCACGGUUAGCGCCGAAGGUGCGAUGCCAGCCAUGGAAGUACUGCUCCAGGAACUUCCUCUAGAGGAUAAUGGGCUGGUAUCCUUAGGUGUAUUAGCUGAGCGUCUGUCGAAUAGCGCGUACCAGACCAUCCAAAGCUUGGGUGAUACGCUUCCAUCGCUUUCAAGCAAUGCCAAGCGUGCGAAGAUUUACGCUACAGCUAUUGAGUUGCGCAAGAUCUUCAUUAAACUACUUGUGUUGGUGCGGUGGUCCAAAGAUGCAGACCUUUUGAACCGUGCACGCAACGUUGUUGGACUACUGGUCGAGCAGCAGUGGGCUCAUGAAGAUGUCUUCUCUGGUCUAACGCAAGUGCGUAAGAUCCUUCCCAAUGCUCGCAUGUGCGACGCUGACCUAGUCACAGCCAUCGAUGUAUUGCGCUCAGGAACCUAUGAAAGACUACCCCUUUCUAUCAAGGACAGCACGAUCCCUGCUAAGCCCCUUUCAGACGCGGAGGCCUUGGCGGUGCUCCAUGAUCUUGACGAAAUUUUAAGUGUGCGUCUAGCCUGCUCAGAAACCAUACCUCUCGGUAUGAAACUGAAGAAUAUUGAAGAUGGAAAAGCAUACUUUGAAGCCAAGGGCUUAUACAAUUGGGCCAAAUUCUGA